AUGGUAUUGGGUACCUGUGUAUUAGGGGUGUGAGUUUCUGGGAGGGCUGGGCAGCUCUCUUUGCCAUAUAGCUCAGAUUAGUGCAAUUGGUUGCUUGUGGGGAGCUCAUGGUUGGGGGUGUUUGGUUGAUUAGAAUCAGCAUGGGGGAAUGGAUCUCUCCUUAUUCCUGGACUUCCUAUGUAGCCAGCGCAUUCAGCUGCCAGUGGAUUCUGAGAUCUUACUGCAGUAUGAAAUACUUCCUUAUCCUGGUCUCGUGUACGAUUGUUGUGUUUUUGGCCUCCAAGCACUGGCAAAGGCUAGCUGAAAAUCAGAUCAAGGGAGAGAUUUCACAGGCUCGGUCUGAGAUGAAACUUCUGUCACCAGAAAAAUACAAGUCCUUGUUUACCUACAAUGGAAUUUGGCUAGCUCCAAAGAAUCAGUGCGAGUGUGUCAAAACUGACCAUGUGCAUGUCUACCAGAUGGAAGACUAUAUCAAUAAGAAAUAUCUUGCCUCAAUUAAAAAGAGGCGACAAAGGGAGUUGGAACACUAUCAGAAAAGAUACCCCUCAAUGACUCAAGAUCUAGUAAUAGCCAAACCAAACGUGCCAUUAAGCUAUCCUAUUCAAGGACUAGAGGUGAUGCCACUACACACAAUUAUGAUUCCAGGGCUUGCUUUGCAUGGAGUGACUGAAGAAAAGUACCAGGUGAUCCUGCGAGCAUCUCUGGGAACCCUCAAUACGCUUGCUGAUGUCUCUGAUGUUGUGAGUGGACGGGGAGAGAAAGAGCUGAUCAUCUUGACCUCAGAUGUGGAGCUGCUGAAUUUCAUCCUUGAGCAUGUCACGUACACCAGUGUGGUCUACCAGCUCAGUGCAGUAGAUAUGAUGAGUUUCGAGAGCAGACAUCAUGUUGCUCAGUUUCCUGUGAUCAUCCGACAGCCCGGCCUUCCAAAGUUGUUUGAUCCUGGAGCAGAUAGGAAGAUCAGCUCCCUGGUGACUAUCACGACAAAGACUUUCUUGCGCUAUCACAAACUUCGGCUCCUCAUCAAGAGCAUCCGACGGUACUACCCUGACAUAAAAAUCAUUGUCGCCGAUGACAGCGAAGUCCCAGAGAAGAUCAUCGAUGAGAAUGUUGAGCAUUACAUCAUGCCUUUUGGAAAGGGUUGGUUUGCCGGAAGGAAUCUUGCAAUAUCUCAGGUCACAACCAAGUACUAUCUCUGGGUUGACGAUGACUUCUUAUUCACUGAAAACACCAAAAUUGAGAAACUAUUGGAUGUGCUGGAGAGGACAAACUUGGAUAUGGUUGGAGGCAGCGUGAAUGGGAACACCUACAGUUUUCAGCUGCUCUAUGAUCAGGGUGAUGACAGCGGCUGUCUGCAUUUGAGAUACGGUUCCUUCCACAAGUUGGAAGGGUUCCCCAACUGCGUGGUCACCAGUGGCGUGGUCAACUUCUUCCUGGCCCAUACAGACAAAAGCAGACACGUUGGCUAUGACCCUCUUCUGCAAAGAGUAGCUCACUCAGAAUUUUUCAUGGAUGGACUGGGCAUCUUGCUUGUCGGUUCCUGCACUGAUGUUUCUAUCGGUCACCAAGAACAUAAUCCCGCAUCUGAUCCCAACCUGACUAAGGUAGAAGACCAAUAUAAAAGGUUCCGGACCAACACUCAAGCACAGGUGCAAUUUAAGCUAUCUUUGCACUACUUCAAAAACCGACUGAAAUGCUACUCAACAGGAUAACCCUUUUACCCUGUCGUGUACAAUUCCUACGGUAACCUCCCUGAUGCCCACGGCAGGAGUACGCUCUGGGCUUCAGCCUAAUUGCCUUAUUUGUGCCACACUGGAUGCCUUCCUUUUGCACCUACCUUUCUAUAAAAACUUUUUCAUGGGCUGAAUUUGGACUUCUGGAAUCUCUUGGCCCAAACUUGAAAUGGAUAAUGCAGUCGCAUGUGUUAUCUGCACUUGGGCCCUGCUCCAGGCCUUGCAUGGUGUUUUCUUCAUUGCAAAGUUUCUCUGAUCAUAGAGUGAGGCAGCUUGAUUAAUAAUGAGCCAGAUUCAUCAUGGCCCUGCACUGUGUUCUUUCCAGCCAGUGCAGAGUGAAGGGGGAUGGGGUGGGGUAGAAUUCCUACUGGUUUGAUCUGGUAGCACUCCACAUCCUCCCUGCAUUUGGAUGGAUUAUCAGGGAUGCACAGACUGUCUGACUUCCUUCUUGGAGGAGUAACUGGAAUGAGUGUUCUCAAGUUGAGAGCAAGAAGCACAAUGACUUUCAUGUAUAGACUGAAGUGCUUGGUUUAUCCUAAAUGGAGUUAGUAUGUUGCCUCUGCAAUAUCUGUUGAGACCUU